AUGCUACAGAGCGGUAUAGAGCUAGCGGGACAAAAUUUGGAUGUGAGCUACGUCAGUGCUCUUAGUUGGUACCUUCUUAGCAUGUUUGGGAAUGGUGGUUUGCUCUCAUUAAUUUCGAAAGGACACUCUGAUGACUUCGUCUUUGUUCCAAGCUUUGCCUCGCAAAUUUCACUCAAUAUGGCACCUGACAAGGUUUUUGCCCAGGAAAGAGAAGCUCUUGGCAAAAUCGUCCACAAACACACUAUGGGCCAGGAAGAGGACGCACUUCUGAUGAUUGACCCGGAGUCGUUUGCCGUUCUCUAGACUUUAGUUUGUUAUAUUUACACGAAGUCCAAUCAACCAAUGCUUGUUCUCUUCCUCAAAUGUACAAUACAGCCUUCUACCACCGCAAA